GGCAAGCGUGGAUAAAGGCCACGCAGCCUCUUUUUCGUAGUUGCGAGUCAAACUCCCAAUUCUCGAGGGUAUGCACAGCCGGUGCGGCCAACUGGCGUCGCUUCAAUAGAUAUCAUAUAUACGUAUACAGGCGAGAUUCAUCAGGCGAUGUUCGGAAGGUCGUUCUACAUUCUACGCGAGGCAUGUGCAUUUCGUGUUUGCAACCAUCGCAAACCGCAUCGCCUUCAUAACCUGAGCAUUUAGUUCGUUGCGCAUUCUUGCGUCACGCUGACGGGCAAGGCUCAGGUCCGUGUUGGGUGACGCGACCCUUGGUGUGCUCCGUCCUACCUGAAACCUCGCUAUUUGGGCUUUCCGGUUGGAUGGGCGUAUUCUUCCAGAGCUUAAUACCGGGCUGAAUUGGAGUUACCCUGCAAAGGCUGUCAGGAGACCAAGCGGUCGUUGCAGGUUGGAGGUGCAGAAAGCUCCUGGGUUUGCUGGUUGCCUCCAUUUUGUGAAUGUGUAACGCUAUGGCGCUUGUGCCAGCGCCUGCUGCCUCGCGUUCAAUGGCCUGGCUUGCAUGCGCACCCGUUCGAGGCAACGCUCAGGCGCAGCCCCCUGGAAGGGCCAUUUCUUGCUGCAAAUGAAUAAGAGUUUAGGCUGCGUAUACCACUUCGACCAUUGGGCUAGCACUGCAUCCACCGCGCUCUUGAAACGCUAACCACCUGGCUUUGCCCAGGCCGCACGCGUUGAUCCUCGCUCGUUUUGACGCGCUUGCCCUCGGAGCCUUCACUGUUGGAACCUAUUGCGGCCAAGGGGACUCUACAUGUCAAGGCGCCCAAGCGCCUUCAAGCCCGCCUAGCCUCACCCGCACUGUUGUGGCCGGAGGCAUCACGGCGGGGCAGAUUUGUCAUGCAGUUCUCCGCAGCGCCAGCGCAGCUUCUCCGCCCGACACCAUGCAAGUCCGCACCGGCGCCGUUCCACUGCCGUCUCGCCGCCACCCGCAAUCACGCCGCAAGGCUGGCUCCGCACGGUGGCCCUCGCUCGCCAGCAGUGCGAGCACCGGUGCGCUGCGGUGCCUCCAACCAGCAGCAGGGCGGCCCCAGCGGUCCGCCGCCGCCGGGAGAACGCGGUGGCGGCCAGGGCGGCACCGACAGCUCGCCAGGCAGAGGCAGGGUCCCAAGCGACCCCAUCAGCCCGGAGCCACCAGGGCAGUGGCCCAGUGGCCAGGGUGGCGCGGGCAAGCGCGGCAAGGGCCGGCGCGGCAGCCGACCGCCGCUAGACAGGGAGGCGCAGGCGGAGAUGACUUGGUGGGUUCUCAUGAACAUCCUUGAGACUCAAGUCCGUCCAAAACGCCGGGCUGCUGCCUCAAAGCCCACGCCACCUCCAAUCAUUGAGGCGCGGCCGCCGGACAUACCAACCGCACCGCAGCCUGCUACGCCCGAGGCGAAGCAACCACAGCCACAGCCGGGCAGCGCCACGACUCCUUCGCCCAACACCCAGCAAGAGCCGGCACCGGCCGCCACCAAGCAACCCGCCGCGCCGGAUGCUGAAUCGCCAGCGGAACGCCCGGUCGGUUCGUGGGCGCUGUCCGCCGCCUUCAUGGCCGCAGCCUGCAGGGGCGUGGCGGUGCUGCUCGCGCUGCUGUGGUCGGCGGCGCUGUGGGCACUGGGGCGCACCGCCGCACCGACAGCCGCGGGCGGCCCAACCCGGACCGCCCCGCCGCCCACAAAGCAGCCCCAGCAGGAGGAGAAGGAGCAGCAGGAGGAGCAGGGGCAGCAGGGCGCUGCUGCGGUGGCGCAGCUGCGGCUGGGGGCGCACAACGUGCGGGGCCAUGGGGGGCUCAUGCAGGCUCUGGGGGUGUGGGAGCGGGAGGGCGUGGCGGUCGUGUGCGUGCAGGAGUCCUUUCACACACAAUUUAAAAUGAGCGUGCUUAGGAAGGGGCUGCUGGAGCGCGGGUGGGUGGUCGUGGCGGAAGACUCGGCGGGCAGCGUGGCAGCAGCAGGCGUGGCGAUCCUGAUGCGCCCGGACCUGGCCGCGGCCGCCGGGCCCGUGGACCAACCGCCAGAGCGGCCCCCGGGCCGCAUCACCGCCUGCAGACUGGAGUGGGGCGGCCACCGGCUGCUGCUGUGCAGUCUGUAUGUGCCGACAGGAAAGAACCCCAAGGCCGCGGAGGCUCGCGCCCUGGUGUUCGAGUCGCUCACAUUCCUGGUGGCGCACGCGAAGGCGGAGGGCCUGACGCUGGUGCUGGCCGGCGACUUCAACUUCGUGGAGGACCCACAGCUCGACAGCUCCACGGGCCGGGGCAGCCGCGGGGAGGACGCCGAGUACGCGCGCGGCUUUAAAGCGGCAGUCGCCAAGGGCUUGGGCUUGAGCACGGUGCUGGCGGCGGGCGGCGAGGCAGCGGCGGACCUGGCACUCGUGGACACCUACCGCCAGUGCAACCCGGAGGGGCGCGAGGGCACACACUCCUGGAAGCGCGCCACCACGGGCUGGUCGCGCCUGGACCGCAUCUACGUGACGGGCCGAGAGGUUGCGGGCUGCGUGUCGGCCGCCUUCAUCUCCCCGCUCCACACGCAGUCGGACCACAGCCUGGUGGUCAUGCAGCUGGCAGAGAAGCCGCCGCCGAAGGAGCCGAGCGGCGCGCCGCCAUCGCCGUCCACUCCACCCUCGCCCCCACCGCCCCCGCCGCCCCCGUCGUGGCCGCCGCUGUUGCCGUUCCGUUGGCGCUAAGCCGCAGGCACACAGGAGCGCGGUACCGACUUGGGACUUCCUUUGGACAUGAGCCUGCCGUGCCUUGCGCCGCGGCAGCGCCAGCAGUCGAGUAGCGGCAGUUUUGCUGGCGUAACCGACUUGGACAGGACGUGUGUGCGGAAUUUGCGAGCAUGAUGCACAGAAAUACAGCUGGGGAAUGAGGCUGCAGGGAGCAAGGGUGUUCAUUUCAGAAGACCAGGAGCGUCGUAGAUUGAACGAUGAGUGCAGCGGGCUGCGGCUGGCAGGGCAGCCCGUUCCUGCGGUGGACAAGGCACGGUAUCUGGGACUAGUCCAUGGCCCUGGACAUGCUUUUAUCGCCUGCAGAGAGACGCGAUGUGAGGCUGCGUGGCGUGCUAUGUACGCGCUUACUGAUACAAUAAGCCGUUUGAGGAUUCUCUCACCUGACAUAAGCAUGCAUUGUCUUGAGGUCCUAGCAUAAGGUUGUGAAGUGUGGGGACCCAACGUACGGUACUAGCGGAAAUGUUGGGCGGGGGACGGGGGUGGGUGGGUGGAACAAUAGCUAGGCGCAGUUCCCAGGUUAUGAGCAGGGUUGCAUUGUCGACUCGGGAUGGUCAAAUGUGGCCGCAGCUAUGGCAUUCAUGAUCAGCAUUCGGAUCGUCAUGGCAGGCAUAGGGAUAAGAAGAAUGCGUUCAAGUUAGAACACAAGAUGGUGUGCUCCGGCAUGCUACAGCGGCAGGCAAGGGGAGUUGGAGGGCGAGUUAGCGGGUGGCUGAACACGAGCGCGGAAUAGGGCGGCGCAGGGCUGCAGACUUGUGCAGUGCGGAUGGCAAGCUCAUGUCACCGUCACCAUCCCUUG